ACUAGUCAGUCGUCGAUUGGUAGUUGAACGAAAUAGGUACAUUCUGAAAUUGUUCAGAACCAUCAUGAGUGUAAAAGUAAUUGAGGAAUUACCGGUACUAGGUUUUUUCAAAGUGAAGCCUGAUCAGUUGUAUGAAGUUCGGAAGUUGUUCAAUUUGGAGAAAACUGAAAGGAUUCAGGAAUCUGUUCAGUUGUUGAAGGAUUGGUUGCAAAAGCAGGAUUAUUUGAACAAGAAAGAUUAUCCCGAUGAUUACUUGGAAAGGCUUUUAAUUCUAAAUAAAGGAUCCGUGGAACGCGCCAAGUCGUGCUUCGACAAGCUAUGCACGUUCAGAACUAUUUGGCCCCAGUACUUUACCGCAGUUGACAUCAAUUCCUUUAAGGAAUUUUUCAAAAUAUUUAACAGCAUAGCACUACCGGAUGUGACACCUGAGUAUGCAAGAGUAAACCUAUUUAAAAUAAACAGCAAUGUUGCUUUGAAGCCUGAUUUUAUCAAGGAAUACAUCAAAUACUCCAUAAUACUAUGUGAGUACAUGAAAAAGUACGACUAUCCAAAUGGAUUUGUUAUCAUGCUGGAUUACCGAGAUGUUAAUCUGCUGGAUCUGAUCGCAAUUCUAAGCCCUUCUCAACUUCAGCAGAUGGUACAUUUGUACAUGGGAGGAUUCGGUAUGCGGAUCCAGGGUGUCCAUCUAAUAACAAAAUCAAAAGUGUCAGACGCACUAGUGUCCCUCGCGAAGCAAGUGGUUAGCAAGAAACUCGCGGACAGGCUACAUGUACACAGAACCUUGGACACUCUAUACGAGUUCAUUCCUAAGAAGAUGUUGCCCCCAGAGUAUGGUGGUGAUGCUGAGCCGUUUGAAGAAAUGAAAGAAAAGUUCUUCAAGGAGCUUGGUUCCAAAGAACAUAUUCAAUACAUGAAAGAGACUCAAAAAGCGACCGUAGAUCUGUCCAAGAAGCCAAAAGAUGGCGCCAUUGAUGAAUACAUGGGGUUAUCAGGGUCCUUUAGGACUUUGAGCGUAGAUUAGGAGCGGAGACUGAGUGUGUGCUUCACGGGUGGCGACCAGGGUGGCGUGUCAGACAUGUAAAAAUAUGCGAGGGAUAUUAUUUAAUGCAUGCUGCUCAAAAUCAAAUUCUCGUACGUUCGAUGGAGACGUUGGCCGCUGCCAGUAAUACAGUAAUAAUUCACUGGAAGUGUGAGUUAGCAUUGAUAGUAGCGGUAGUAAUCUACCAAAUUUAUCUGCCAUUCUAGAUAUUUUUUUCAAAUACAGAUUUGUAAAUCUUUAUAGUCUGCAAAGGUAUUUUACAGUUAAAAAAGGUUAAAAUUAAAGAUCGAUAUUCCGUGAAGUGAGAUCGUUCGAUAAUUACUUCGAGAUUUGUUUCUUUACGUGAUUUGAGAAUGAAGUUUAACUUAUUGUUUCUGCUACUUUUGAUACUGACUGCACUAACCAUUAUUUAUUAAAAGUGGGGAGAUGUAACUUAGAAAGUAAAACAUGAAAAUGAAAAUAAUGAAAAUUAGUAAACUGUGGGAGACCAUGGAGACUCAAAGAGAUUACUAUAACGAUCUGCGGCAGAGGGCAGCAUCAGCACAAACUUUACAUCAUCUCUAAUUAAAAUAACCUUAUUUAUUAUGUCUUAAUAUUUUCUACAAUGUUGCCUACAUUUAUCAAAAAUAAAUAUGUCAUAAGUAAAUGCAACACGGAAAAGUAUUUUCUACUUGUGCUAGUGGAGCCCACUACACAGUUUUGUGUAUUGUAUUCUCUAUUAUGGAUUUGAAAUUGGAAGGUGUAAAAUUGUAUAUGAUUGUAUUUAUUUGUUUUACUUUGCUUACGAAUUUUGCCUGUAUUUAUUAUAGUAACAUUAAUAAAUGUUACAAUUCAGAAAUAAAAA